AUGGUGGUGGUGGAAAAGUUCAUGAAGGAAAUGCAUGGAAGAAUGACUAAAGCUGCAACCACAGGAAACGUUGACGAACUAGAAAGGUUGAUGGACAGUGUUAUCUUGCUUGGAGCUCAAACUCCUCGACACAUUGCAUCAAUGUGUGGUCGCGUUUCUUUCGUACAAAAAAUGUUGAAACUGAAAAAGCAAUUUGUGUAUGAACUCAAGGAAGAUGGGUUUACUCUCAUGCACUUGGUCUCUGCCAAUGGCCAUGUUCAGGUCGUUAUUGAAUUUCUGAAAGUUGACCAUCAACCAUGUCACAUUCAGGGAAGGGAGUGA